UGUUGUUUUGUCAGUAUUGGAUACCUGUGGUGCAUUGAAAUGCAGUGUUCGAGUAAGUUUAUUAGGACAAAUAUUUAGGAAUGUAGUCAUUAGUCAGACUAACAGCGCCCCCAACUGGUCACAUCGUUCCUUUUUUCAUAUAACUGCGAGUAAACUACUUUUUGGGCUUGUCGGGCUUCUGUAGGAGGUUCCCUUUUCUUCCUUUCUCUCCUUCCUUCCAGCAUGGAUCCGCUAUCCAACUUUGUUUCGGCUUCCUAGUAUUCACUUUGUGUUGCCUUGGGAUUUAUCCGUGUUCUUCUGGAUCUAAUAACCCACCCAAGUACCAUGUUUACUACCACCGGCUCUCGAGGCUUCUACAAGGCUCCUCUGUCUAAAGGCCUCCUGCUGGUUCUCAAUGGGCUGGCUGUGUUGCUGUCCCUGCUGCCACAGUACCAAGAACUAUUUGUGUACAACAUACAGGCUGUCAUACAGCAGAACCAGGUGUGGAGGUUGUUGUGUGGCAGGCUUGUCUGCCUCGAUGUGAAGGACUCCUUCUGUAGCAGCCUGCUCAUUUACAACUUCCGAAUUUUUGAGAGGAGAUUUGGCACUAGAAAGUUUGCUUCCUUCCUUUUGGGCACUUGGUGUCUCUCUGUGCUGGUAGACCUCCUGCUGACCCAGGCUGUACAGCUUCUGUUUGACUAUGAGGUGGAAGAACUGCCUGCAGGACUGCUCACUCCAGUCUUCUCUCUGUUUGUGCCUUUCUACCUGUCGAUUCCCAGGAUGCCAGUCACCCAGAUCCUGGGUCAGAUCCACGUUACCAACAAGUCUUUGGUCUACGUAGUAGGCCUGCAGCUGUUGACUUCCAGUCCAUUCAUGUGGCUCCUUGCGCUCAGUGGACUGAUCUCAGGAGGACUGUACCACUCCAAUGUUCUCCGGUUACAGAAGUUCCUCUUUGUACCUGCCUGGGUGUCUCGUAUUGGACGGUAUAUUCUGGAGCCACUCUUCUCAAGCUCGCAACCAAGCAGUGAGACACCCCUGGGGAUGGGUGCCACUCUGGACAUCCAGAGGCAGCAGAGGAUGGAUCUGCUCGACCAGCAGCUGCUGCUGGCCCAGUACAGUGAAGCCAGGACAAACACCAGACACCAGCCACAGGCUGGGCUGUUACAGUGGACAAGGCUGUUCCCCUCCUUCAGACACAGAGGACAGAACCGCCCCCAGAUGCAGCCUUGGCCCCAGGCUCAGACACACCCAUCCAUACAGCCACCAGUAUUGGACAACUCUACUGUCGCAGAGGAACAGGUUGCACGGUUGGUGGAAAUGGGCUUUUCCAGGAUUGAUGCCCUUGAGGCUCUCAGAGCUUCAAACAAUGACAUCAACAUGGCAACCAACUUCCUGUUGCAACACUGAGGGAGACAGAGCUCAGUGAGGAAAAACAGGUGAAUGAGGGCAGAGAGAAAAAGCAGGAAGGGGAGCAACCAAAGCAGAGGAGUAAAAAGCAAAACAGGAAGAACUACUGGAGAGAAUGAUGGAAUAGAUUACCUCUACAAAAUUCGUACAGAUAAUCUGAUGGCUGUGCCACUACUACCUGAAGAGCAUUGUUAGGCUGUCUUGCCCUGAGAUGAGCCUAAUAGGAGGCUGAUUAAUGAAGAAGUGUGAAGCACAGAGACAUCUGGAGACAUUUGUCAUAACUUUCUGAUUGCUGUUGUAGUGUGAAGCAGGCGUCAUUGUUCAAGGCAGAUAAGUUAGACCUCUAACUCCAGGGGGAUUGCUAUGCAGAUAUGAAACAGAUCAGAGCUUAACUCACAGUACAUCUUAAAAACACCAGUAUUUAGUCCAGUGGAGGAAAUACAUGUAUACAUGGAUAAAGGAAGUAUGGGUGAUUUUUUUAAAACAACUGAUGCAGAAGCACACAAAUCAGCUGAGAUCCCACACAGUCUCCCCAUGGAUUUGAACUUGGAGGUAUGUGUAAUACAGUAGUCACAUACUGCCACUCGGCUAGAGAAAUGGCUACUUCGUAAGUGCCAUCCUGCUCUGGUUAAUGAUGACACAUAUGACAUGGAAAACUGAUUUUAAAAAGAAGGUGCACAAGGUUUUUAAAACAGUGGAUCUAAGAACAUUGCUGUAUAUCAUCUUUUUUUUUGUCUUGUACUGGAUUGAGUGAACUACUUUUUGUUAAGGAUUUCAGACUGUCCGCGCUUGGACAGUUUUUGUUUUUCACUGAGAUAAUAGUGAAAGUAGGUGUCAGCACCUAACUAAAGGUUAUAAUUAGCUCCAUGAGGAGGUGUAGAGGUCACAAUUAUGACCUUAAAAUUUAUGAUUCUCUGAACAAUAUAACCUACUUUAAUUUGAGAACUUACUGGUCUCAAGGUCUGCGAGGCCACUUACUCUGUUAUUGACAUGGUGAGUCCAUCCCAAGUGUCUUGUAUGCAUCACUAGGUGAAUCCCGAUCCCCAUAUUUUAUCAUUCCUCAUUCCUUGAUCAACCCGGAAGUUGUUCCGGUACGCCAUGAUGAAAGAUGUCCCAAAGCUCUUAUUUCUGCUCUGAGGAGUGAGGAGGCUGCCUGGAGGAGCUAUGACUAAGGAUACACGAGUGUAUCCUUCUUUGGAAGUUUGUUAUGGGUUGACACCCCUUUAUCACGUCAUGUCAGUUAAAACGUGUUUCCUUGGUUUCUCUCUCCUUGCAGUUUGUCCUUGCGUCUUAUGUGGAUGAGACUAAGACACAAGGAAAAGACACAAGUGAGGGGAAACGUAGUGAAUCCCAGUUCUGCUAGCUGCAUUCACAUUUCCCUCAUUUGUGUCCUUUCCUUGCCUCUUAGUCAUGGCGACAUAAGAUGUGAGGAAAAAAUGGAAGGAGGGGCAAAUUGUGAAAACAAGUUUUAAAAACAUUAGGCAUCUUUCCUUUUAUCCAUCAUCUGAAACAUGCAAUCACAAUUGACCUCUAAUAAAAGAACAUUAGUCCAUAAAAGACUUCUAUGAGUUAUGGUUUCCUUUAACCUGUAUCUCCUUUAUCCCUCCAGGAUUCCCCCAUUUCUUGCUUGACCCAGAGGUCGCUCUAGGUUGAGGAGCAGUGAUAUAAGAGACAUGGGUUGUAUCUAGUCAUUUUUACAGACACGAGUGCACAUACACAGAUGCACAGUAGCCCUUCAAGGAGGCUGUGUUUCACACCCUUGAUUGUUUCAUUUAUGAUUUCAUGCUCUCGCUUGCAAUAUGCUCACACUCAAGGUUUUAUUUAUUUUGUUUUUACUGAGCUCGACUCUUUUCUCAACCAGCACAUGUCUGAUUCAUAGCAAGUCUUAAAUGUCUGAUGAUAUUUAUUAUGCAAUAUGUUGCAAGAGAAAACGACGGUGACUAUGCACUGCAUAGUAACUACUUUGUAUAUAUAAAUGUGCAAACAGUUUGUUCAACAGAAGUAAUAUUGCAGCCACUGUGUAUUGAUGUAAAAGAGAUGCUAGUUUUAUAUUUUGUGCAUAUUAUUAAUAAUAUAUGACCACUGAGAUAUGAGUCUCAUCUGUGUGUUUAUAUUUUGAGAGUGAUGUAAUAGUGUAUUGGUGUGACGAGGGAGUCGGUGCAUGGACAACAUGAAGUGUAAUGAAUCCUAUUUGAUCUGUGGAAUAAAUGAACUUGCUGACUAAUAUU